AUGGCGAGAGUCCUCGGCCUAGCGUCACCAUUUAAAACGCCAACGAAGGCGAAGAAUGGUUUUAACAGGGCCAAUGCUGUAGAUGAAGAACCAGGGUCCGCAGCUUCGGGUAGCAUUCCGGGGAUGCCAGCUGUCUCAAGUUCCCCCAAGCGGCCACCGUCCAGUCUCGCAGCAAUUCGAUCAGUGCGAUCAGAAGAGAAAUUCCACACUCCCGAACACCAGUGCCAGUGCAAGGCCUUCUACGCGCAAGAAAAACCAGAAAUGUCGGGUGCGAGGCGCGAGGAUUUCAGGGACACUGAGCCUAUCUGUCGGACCGUCCAUUCCGAAGACACAUCUCCAUUAGUGCGCAAAGCCUUGAGACAGCGCAAUCCUACCGAUCGCGGGCUCGUUUCCAAAGUCAAGAGAAAGCUCAAAUUUGCAGUUGGCCCAAGUAGUAAGAAACGGCUCCUGGCGUCAAAAAAGGCAGUGAGGCGCAAGUCGCCUGUCGCAAGCACGACUAAUUGGUGGAACAUUUGA